AUGGCGCCGUGUUCUGAGCGACCAUCUACGUGGGAGGACGUGGAAGCGGGACAGGGGAACCUCGUUACUGCCACGGUGGAGGGAGAACGAGCUGACGUGGGCAACCAGAAGGCACUCUCAGCCGAGCAGGCAAUCUUCCUGCGCCUAUCGGAAAUCGAAGAGGAUGAGAGGCGGAAGGAGCGCAAGAGGCGCGCGCUGCUAGCGGGGGGAGCUGCGCUCAUCCUCCUCGCUCUCCUCAUAGCAGCAGCGGUCGCGAUCGGCGUGACAGCUAGCAAGAAAAAGUGCCAGGAUUCCGCGGACCAAUCCAGCAACGCCACGUCAGCAGGCGCGAUGCUGACUCAGCAGCAGCAGGAGCAGCAGCAGGGGGAGUUGGUAGGGACGGUGCAGAUCGGGGGAAGGUGGGGGAAUGUGAGCACUGUUGUUGCGAAGCUUGACAUUCAACCCAACACCAACGGCGUUAUCUCAGCAAACGGAGGAGGCGCCACCUCAUCAUGGGACGCUGCCACGUGGCAGCAGCCUGGGGGUGCAGUGGAGGACACGUCAGCAGUGCAGCAGCUGGCGAAUCCAGAGCUGACACCUGUCGAUGGACGAGUGUAUGGCAUGGGAGUGGAGAGCGGGACCACCACUGAUCCCCGGAUUGCAGCGCUUAUCAAGCCUCCGGACCUGUCAGUGCAAGGGGUGGACUUCCAAAACGGCCACCUGUCCGUUUCAGGCCCCGAUUCGUGGAGCUUUAGCCUCGAGCCGUUCAAGGAGGUCAGCCUGGAUCUGACCGCGCUGAUCAACGUCGCGGCGGUGGUGUCGAAUCCGAAUCCCAUCGAAAUCAUCGCGCAGGAGGUCAACAUGGACGUCAGCUUCUACAGCGUCGACGUCGGCUACGCUAACAUCCCGAACUUCACUCUCCCUGCUAACAGCAGCGCCACCAUCACAGUCCCGUUCAACGUUGACAACUUCCCGCUGCUCUCCUUUUCCGAUCAGAGCCUUAUCACGGGCUCGAUUGCGAAUGGCGAGCUUGAGUUUCAGGUGUGUGUAAGGGCUGGGUAA